AAGAGAGACCAAAGCACAAACCAAAAAAUGGAAAAAACCACAGCUCUGAUCAUCAUACUCUGCUCCUCCAUCUUCACACCUCUAUCUGCAAACCCAUGCAAACCCGAUUCAUGCGACGCCGUAUUCGGGCCCCGAAUCCGGUUCCCUUUCCGGUUAAGAAACCGCAACCCGACCCGGUGCGGCCACCCGGGUUUCGACCUGUACUGCAACGCCCUCAACCAAACGAUCCUGAACCUCCCAAAAUCGGGCGAGUUCGUGGUUGACCACAUCGACUACGCAGCGCAGGCCCUUUUCAUCAACGACCCGGAUUCGUGCCUACCGGGUCGGAUCCUCAACUUCUCGCUGUUGGGUUCUCCUUUCCGGGGCGCCUACACGAGGAACUAUACUUUCUUGAACUGCUCCUCCGACUAUUUGGACUACACCUCGACCCGUUACUACUACAUGCCGUUGUUUUGCCUGAGCGGGAGGAAUCACACAGUUCUGGCCACCAAUACUCGGCCGGCGGCGGCGGCGGCGGAGGUGCCGCCGACGUGCCGGAAGAUAGGGAGCGUUUUGGUUCCUCUGCAGUGGACGCUUGCGCAGUUCUACUGGUCGGCGAUGGAUUUGAGGGAGGAUCUUCAGCUUGUUUGGAAUCAACCCGAUUGCUCCGACUGUGAAAGUCGGGGCGGCGUUUGCGGGUAUAAGGAUGAUUCCGGCCCCGAAAUUGUUUGCUACCGGCCUUCGAAAUCCGGUCUUCCAAGAAGCGCCAAAUACGGCAUCAUAAUCGGAGUCGGAAUCCCAGCUCUCAUAUGCACCAUCGGCCUCGCCUGCUACGCCUGCGGCGUAAUCCAAUCUUUCCGCCGCCUCCACCGCCGCCACCUAAACUCCAUUAAUUAA